GGUCAGAUUGUCCAGAUAACAAGGUUCCUGUCUGUCUCUGUCAUAGCAUAUAAAAUCAUGGGGAACACGUUGCCUGUUAGACUCCAAGAGAGGUGCACUGGAAGAGAUGACUGCAAACAUGAUGAUACUCAGACUGUGUGGACUCCUUCUUAUAUGCUCAACACUGAUAGAUGCCAAAUUAGACAUCAUCAAUAGUGACCCAGAUGUGAAGGUGGGAAGCGACACUCUGCUCUUGUGCAAAGCUGAUGUAGAGGGAGAUAUUACUUGGCUGAAAGGUGAUGAAGAAGUUGAUCUAGAUCGCCAUACAGUCGAAAAAAAUGAUGAGUCCUCGAGUAAACUGAUCUUGAAGAACCUUCAAUUAGAUGACGCUGGAACCUACACCUGCAUAUUUGAAAACGAUCUCGGCACCAAGAAGAUGAGCUACCAGAUCUAUGUCUACCGAACACCGGACUUUGGCACCACAGGGACGUACCAUGAAUUUCUGGUGAACCAGACAGUGAUUGUUCCCUGCGUGGUGUCUGGAGCGCCCGAGGUGGAGAUCCACUGGUAUCGGAACAAUCGCAUCGUGAAUGAUGACGGUAGGGGGGAUGGCCAUGCUGCAGGUUCCACUGGUCUUUUAUGUGGCCGAGGUCACCUCAGAAUCCUGAAGGAUAAGUCUCUGCAGAUUCAGGGAAUUCAGCAGGAAGACCGUGGAACCUACACUUGUGCAGGCAAGAUCAAGGGACGUCCCAUAAGCAAAGAGCUCCAGAUCUCUGUUGUUGUAAAUGAGCCACCGACCGUCCUGAUUCAUCAGGAAAGAAAAAGUGUUUUUGCCGGACCCAACACCAGUGUGUCCAUAGUGUGCCUGGUCAAAGGAGAACCUACUCCGAAUAUUUCAUGGAUAACGCCUUCCACCUUUGACAACUCCCGUUACAAAUACAACUCAGAUAAGAGUGAGCUCACCAUCUCUGCAGUGACCAGGAGUGAUUUUGGAGAAUACAUCUGCAUGGCUACCAAUAAGAUCGGGGAAAACAGUGCCACGUUUAUUCUGGAUGUCUCAGAGCGUCCAACUGUAGUUUUGGAUCAAACCAAGCUGGCGGUUAAUCCAGGAGAAUAUGUAUCUGUGAUCUGCAAUGCCACAGGACAUCCAACACCAACCAUACAGUGGGUCAGGAAGACUACCAAAGAAAAAAUGACGAACGAGGAGGAAUCUGAGCUGAUUCUUGAAAACGUAAUGCCCUCUGAUGGUGGCUUGUACUCUUGCAUAGCCAGCAACACGGCAGGAACAAACGUUGAGGACUUCCAACUGAUAACCUGGCCUGGGACACCCACUAAGUUCAGUGUGGCCCCGGGGCUCUCAUCUUCUGUCAUCAUCCAGACUGCCUCAGUGCAGGAUGGAGGGUCCUCCAUUACCCAAUACAUCCUUCAGUGGAAGAAACCAUCUGAAGACAUCUGGAAACAAGUCUUUGUCACGCCCACAAAUCCCCUGAUGAUCAGGAAACUUGAGCCGUACACAGAGUACUCUGUUCGCUUUGCGGCCAAAAACUCUCACUUCCAAGGAAACUUCUCUACAGAACACAAGAUCUUUACACAUUCCCAACGUGAACCUGACAGCCCCGUUCUGUCUCUGAGCGAGAAAAAGUUGGACAAGAACUCAGUCUCCAUCCCCAUUAAACAGCUGAAAGAUGGAGGCUCUCCCGUCCUAUACUACAUCGUACGCUACAAAGGGAGCAAGGAGAAUGAGGAAUGGACUAAAAAGGAAAUUCCUGGAAACUCCACCCAAAUCAAGCUGAACAAUCUCCAAUACAAUGCCAACUAUCAAAUGGAGGUUUAUGCAGUAAACCGCAAUGGCUCCUCAAGCACUGCUAAAGUUAACUUCACCGUCCCACAACCUGUCAGUCAGCCAGCAAUAGGAAAAGGAGGUGUGGUGGGAAUUGUAAUGUUCGUCUUCUUGGUGCUGAUGGUAUCAGUAGAUGCUUUCUGUUGCUACACCAACCACUGCGGCCUGCUUAACUUCCUCGCUCGCAAACUGUUUGUACACAAAAUGUCAGAUAUUAAAGGGAUCGAUGAAGAGGCCAAUAAUUCUGGAGACGUGAAGUUGAGCGGGCUAACACUACCACGAGGCAGCAUCCCAAAGCUUCAGUCAGCCAAUGGGGCAGUGAAUGGCGUUCAUUCAGAGGUCACGUGUGACAAAGCGCCUCUUACCAAAUUCGAGAAGAAACCAGAAUCUACUGAUCCGUCAGCAGUAGAGGCCUAGAGGACGAUGAUAGACAGUACACAAUAUGAAUUCACAGUGUGAAAAAACUUCACACAAAUCUCAGGACAUCUGAUUGCGAGCUUAAGGGUGAAGUGUGUCGUUUUUUAAUACUGUAUGUAAGCUAUUUGUACCCCAAGAUGUGUAAAUACUACAGUUCUGUGGUGCUGUGAAAACACUGAUUUGUUUGUUUGAGCAUUUUGGAUGGCCCAGCAUGGCUCAACCAAUAGCGUGAGGUUUGGGGCGGGACCAUCUGUUUGUCUGACCAAUGACAUUAAUGAUAUACUUCACUUUUAAGUGAUGCAGUCUGGAACGAAUAUACAAACAUCAUGAAGGACGACUGUUAUUUGCAGGAAAACGUUCAAGUCCUGUGCGAUUUAGAUUAUGCUUGUUAUUAAAUGGUGAUUGUACUACAUGGAACUGUAGGAUGUAGAGGAGCAUUAUAAGUAUGAUCCUGCACUGUAAAUACUGUACAUAACAAAUGCUGCUUGAGCUGAAUGUAUGUUCAGUAGUGAGCAGAAAAAAGCAGAAUAUGAUGUUGACAUGUUAAAUAUAAUAUUACUGACAUAAUGGGAGCAUAAUAUCAUAUAAUGUCGUCACUAGUAUUAAUUUAUUGCGCAUUUAACAUAUGCUUGUAGGUUGGAUAAAAUCUAAAAUACAGGACUGUAAAAAUAAAAAACCAUUUGAGCUAAUAUAGAUAUUACGUUGCAUUUUAUUUGUUUCAACAUCAUAAUUUGUUACAUAAAUGCACCGUGUUUGAAUGUUUUGAGCAAGUGGUGUUAAAUGUGGAUGUAAAUACAGAUGCUUGCAAAAAGAUGUACAUAGAUUUAUUAAUACAUUUUUGACCUUUACUGUACAUUGUAUAAAUUAUUUCUUCAAAGCUUUUAUACUCUGUGUGUGAUCCUAUAGUAAUUUUGUACUCAGUGUAAAUGUAUUCACAACUUUUUGAUUCUUUUGAAUAAAAAGAGAGAAAAAUAUACAA